CACACUGAACACACUGCACGUUACAAGUGUGUAAGCACUGAGAAAUGGUAACACGGUUUUUGCCGCGUUUUUUACCAAAACUACACAAAGAGUUCCUCAGAGUUAAUCAACUUAGGAAAUAUCGGAGCAAUAUGAGUGAAGUAAGUGAAGAAUCAACGCCCGCAAAACGCAGCACACCACCCACAAUUGGCACUCACAACGGCACAUUUCACUGCGAUGAGGUGGUUGCCUGUUUUAUGCUGAAACAAUUGCCGGAAUAUGAGAAUUCUGAGAUCUUUAGGAGUCGUGACGACAAAGCAUUGCAAGAGAAAUGUGAGAUCAUUGUGGAUGUUGGCAGUGAAUUCGAUCACGGCAAGAAAUGGUACGAUCAUCACCAGCUAACAUUCAAGGAUACAUUCAGCACAUUGCGACCCGAGUUCGAAGAGAAAUUCGACAUUAGACUGAGCAGCGCUGGUCUCGUUUAUUGCUACUAUGGCGAGCGUGUGAUUCAAAGCAUUUUGCAACGUGAGCGUAACCUACAGUUAUCGCCACAAAAUCUGAAACUCGCCUUUCUGCAAAUCUAUCGCAAUUUCAUCAGCGAACUGGAUGCCAUUGACAAUGGUGUUCCUAUGUUUGAGGGCGGUGAGCCACGCUACAAGAUCUCCACUCACCUCUCGGCUCGCGUUGGUAAACUGAAUCCAUCGUGGCAGGACUCAAAUCGCAGCGCCGAUCAAGAUCAACGUUUCCACCAAGCAAUGGCCGUGGCGGGUAAGGAGCUGGUAGAGAAUGUUCUAGAAGUGGCCUGCUCCUGGAUUGCAGCACGCGACCAUGUGCGAGCUGCACUGGAACAGGCAAAAACUGUGCAUCCCAGCGGUGAAAUUCUAUUGCUGGAUAAGUUCUGCCCCUGGAAGGCGCAUUUGGUCGAUCUGGAGAAGGAAUAUCAAGUUGAAGGCGUGCCCAAGUUGGUCGUAUUCAAUGAUGGCUCAAGUUGGCGUGUUGCGGGGGUGCCUUUGACACCCAGCAGCUUUGUUGGUCGCAAGUUUUUGCCCACACCAUGGCGUGGUCUUCGCGACGACGAAUUGUCUGAGCUGGCGGGAAUUAAAGAUCUGGUAUUUGUGCAUCACACAGGCUUCAUUGGCGGUGCCAAGACCCAAGAGGCAGCCUUGGCCAUGGCCACCAAAAGCAUAGAGUUCGUCGAGAAUUAAAAUAUAAAAAUGCAAAAUAAAUCCCUCGU